UGCAUUGUCUACUACGCACGGGCAGACGACGUGCAUCGGCGCCCUCUGCGGUCACAGUUCCUGAUGGGACACAGCUUUCUGUGGAACACCGGCAGCUCCAUCAGCAACUUCUCAGAUGAGCUUGGGACGCAGCGCGCAUGCACACAGACAAACUGAGUAUGGACAAGGCUGCGCUUUUCUCCAGAAAUGCGGAUUUAAAUCUAUUUUAAGAACGAUUUUUUUUUCUCACGUCUGUUUAUAAGAAAUACGGUUUAGCAGACAUCCAUAAUGGAGUCGGAAGAGAGUAAGAUAUCAGUGUGGGUCUGCCGGGAGGAGAAGCUCGUCUUCGGCUUGUCAAAGCGCACAACCUGCGCUGAUGUUGUCCAAAUACUUCUGGAGGACCAGAACUCACAGCACGGCCUCUCCACAGCUUCCUGCUCGCAGUCUUACUGCAUCGUGGAGAAAUGGAGAGGCUUCGAGAGGAUCUUACCGAAGAAAACCAAGAUUUUACGGCUUUGGGUCGCGUGGGCAGAGGAGCAGGGGAAUGUCAAGUUUGUGUUGGUGAAAAGUGAGGCGUCUUUGGCGAACCACGGAGCCCGGAGCGCAGAGGCGCGAGUAGUGCUCAGCAAACACAGCCCCUGUGUUACCAAGGGGACUCCACGGUCUCCCAUGGGUGGCAUCCCACCCGAAAAACAGCGUCGAGUCGUCAGGAAAGCUUUCAGAAAGUUGGAGAAGAUCAAUCAAAAGAGGGCGCAGAGAGACGCGUCCUCUGUGGAAAAGAUGGAAACGUUGGUCCAUCUUGUGAUUUCUCAGGAUCAUACAAUCCGCCAGCAGGUCCAGAGGAUUACAGAGCUGGACGCAGACAUCGAAAGAUGCGAGACAAAAGUGCAUUUUGACAGAAUAAAAAGACACGGGGUUAAUUAUGUGCAGGACACGUAUUUAGUGGAUGCUGCUUCCAAGCGAGAGGGAGACCAAGUGUGUUCAGCUGAGACUCUUGCCAAGUUUGAAGAGUAUGUCCGGCAGUGUGAGGAGGUGGUUCGACUACAAGAGGAGCUCUUGGAGCAGGAAGCCCUUAUAGACAUUUUCACGGUGCAGAUGCAGGAAGAGCUGAACCACCGCUGGAUGCAGCGGAGAGACGAGGAGCUGCACAGCAGAGGAACAGAGCCGUGUGAGGGCGCACCAUCCCACCCCGGCACCGAGGCAAACACAGCGUCAGAAAAGGGGCUGAUUUUGGAAGAAGAGAGGAUCAGAACACAGCUAGAUGCGAGUUUAUACAUCGGUCUGCGCCUCAACACGGAUUUAGAAGCUAUUAGGAGCGAUUUAGAGUUGACCCAGGAGAUUUGUGGGGCGAGGGAGAAGGAGAUGAGGGAUUUACUCGAGAAAGUGAACACUUUGGACAUAGAGGAAGGGACAGAGGAGAGAUGUAGCCACGGGGCAGAUGACAAAAUAGGGAUGACGAGCACUUUGGAGAGGAAAAAUGAGUGGGUGGAGCAGGCCAGGGGCCUGUCCAAAGCUCACAGUGUGAACGAUGACGACUCAGACACUGGCUUAAGUUCUCUGCACAGUCAGGACUCAGGCAGUCACACUGUGUGGGAGUCUUUGGUUUAGGAUUUUACCAGGAAGGAAGGUCGCUUAUCUGACUGUUUAUCAUUUUUCAACUAGAAAAAGAAGAAACUUCUACAGUCUCAGGGAUCCUUGUUGCUCUGAAGUAAACAUGGAUGAAAUACUGGAUUUAUCUGACAUUAUGCUGUUCUAAAAGGGGAAAAAAAACCUUUGUAUGUCAUCAUAACAAUCCUUACAUAUACCUAUAUUUUCAUAUAUUUCUAUAGAACAUCCUUUAAGAACUAAUACAGUUUUUUGUUGGCGCAUGCUGUUUUGACAUAAAACAAUAAAAGCUGUUUUUGAAGCUU